AGGAUCUGCAGAGCAGCGGCAGGCACCGCAUUGAUGGCGGUCCAAGGGACGAUGAACCAUGAUUUCUCAGUCCAACUAUCUGCCCUUUUCACCUCCGCCCUAAGCCUUUUUUGUCUCUCUCUCCUGCUCUUCUUGCCCUCGCUGCUUCUCGCCCCACGUCACCUGCCCUCUUGGCCUCGCCUGAUCAUGAGCACUAAUUAACCUACGUCUGAGAGUGCUGGUAAACAUUCGGCAUCCUCUUGGGGAAUUCGGUAACUUGGGCGCAGAUGAAGUUCAAUGAACUAGUCUAGCAAGGGGCGGUGCUGCUGCUGCUGCUGAUGAUGAUGAGAAGAUUCGUGCUGGAGGGCCUUAUAAACCUGAUCCCUGCGCUAUGGUUGGAGCAUCCUAGUCAAGCCGUAGCUUUGCAUCCAGAGCCUCUCAAGCCUUUUCCCCCACCCCCUCUCCCCUGCUGCUCGCUUUGUCCAGCGCAGUUGUGCUCAUUGUGAUCGAUCGAUCGCCGUCUGAGGUGGCCCUUUCGGAUGAUCACCUCAUUGAGAGCGUAGACCUUGAGUGGCCUGGGCUGCCUUUCGAAUUGGGUUGCACUUGGUUGCAUUUGUAUCGCAUUGAACUUGUGAGCUACUCCGCUUGGCAUACUCUCCUGUAUGUAGUGAACCAUUGAAUGCCAAAAGUGGGUGACCUUCUUGAAGAGAAUUAGCUCUCGGGCGGUGGUUGUGCUGCUUCGAUGGCUAGCAUUUUUUGAGUUCAUGCAGCCUUUUCGCUUUUGCUUUGUUGGCGGGCUAUUAUAGUGACGAGUCGCCUUUGUCCCAAGUUGUUGUUCUCCAUCCGGUCUUGCGGGUUUCUGGCGAGCGCCGCUUCCAUAGCUCAAGAAUUUAAACUGAAGGGACCAAUCUACUUCAAGGCGUCCCAAAACAAGUUCAGAGUUCACCUUGGCACUUGAGAGAGGAGUGCGGAUUUGUGUCUCCACGUUCACCUUUAAGUGGUUGCUUCCGUCGUUUCUUGAGGACAGGAGGUGUCAAUUGUCGAGCUUCCACCUUUGAUCCAAAUUCUCCACACUACAGUAAGUGACGAAGACAUCAUGGCACGUGGAGAAGAUUCGUCAAGCGUGCAAGUGUUGUAUCAACUCAGUUGGGAUGGUAAACUUGAGCACCCCCAUAUGAUCGAGGUCCAUUACCCCCCCAACCAAGGCGGCCUGCGUUUGAGAGAUGUGAAGAAGCGACUUACCACGCUUCGAGGGCAUGGCAUCAACGACUCGUUUUCCUGGUCCUCCAAGAGAAACUACAAGAACGAAUUUAUCUGGAACGAUCUGUGUGAUGACGAUGUGAUACAACCGCUUCGCGGCUCUGGAGAGUACGUUUUGAGAGCUUCAGAAUUGUUUGACACCUUCACAAAUAAGCCAUGGGAGCAUCCAAGCAAACACUCGAAUGAACGAAUGCAAAGCUCUCGAACAAUGUCAGUCGACAAUGUCACUUUACAGCAAGGCUUGAUUAAUGUUAAAUUGCAUUCAGGAGCCCUUGCCCGUGAAGACGACCAACCCAGUGGGGAGAAAUUGUGCUGCUCGGGUCGAAGGUCAUGCAUAAAUUUGGAGGACUGUAGCUCGAAAGGUGUUGCGAUUGACAUUCCCAAGAACCUGCAGAAUCUGUCGGUGGAUCAAGAAACAAUUGAUGUGGAGAAAUCAGACUUCUGCUUAUCAUCUUCCGACAACGAAGUCUCUCCUCGUCUCAAAACGGCCGCCGACUGCAUAACACCUGUAAAAGACGUUGGGCUGGUUGUGAUGACGAGGUCGACAACAGUGCAUGGUCUUCACACCCCUGCACCGAGAUCUCUCACCUCGCCGACGGAACCACCCUUCUCUCCUGGUAGCGCGAAGAGAAUGUGGAAGAAAGAAAUUAGGAAGAGUCUCUUUCGAACUUCGAGAAACUCGUCAAAUGUGAACCCUGUCUUAAGUGGCGAAAACGCUGCCUUGGAUGUGGAUGUUCCACCAAUCACUCUAAGCACACAAGAAGAUGUCUCGUUCUGGAGGGACGGCCGAUCAAAAAGCGCGAGCCCUUCAAGUCUCAAUGAACUGAGAGAGGUGCAGAACGAGAAAGAGAAAGAGGCCGAACAGUCCACCUCCCAAUUGAUCAGAUUACUCUGGGCUCGGUGGACCGGAGGAAGCAGCAAGGGUAAGCGGACUCCUCAAAGCACAUGUGAAGAUCCACUCCCAAAGUCACCUGAAGCCAAGCAAAUGCCACGGUCUCGCACCAAAACGCCCUGCAAGGAAAUUAGAUCGACAAACCACAUUGCAGGAUCCCUUCCAGUGACAUGUCCAUCUCCCGCAGUCGAUAACAAGGCUCACAGUUCACUUGACAGGCAAGAGAUCCCACCGCAAGAGGAGUGUAAAAAUCGUCCGUCACCGAUGACUCUUCAAAGCUGCGAAGAGAUUACAAGUCCAGUUACGGAAAUUGAGCAAGACGUAGAAAUCGGUGACAUCAAGGCAAUUGUGGAAGAACAGGCCUCAAAUAAAUUCCCUGAACCGGAAUUUCAGCAGAAUUUGAGAACGGAACAAAUAGUGCUGUCAGUGCAAAUACCUGAUUUGCACAUUGACGCACUUGACAGUCCGACAUCUGACACCCAGGGCAGCCCUGCAGAAGCCGACAUCCCGAAAUCUGCCACAGCUAGAGUGAAAACAAGCAACAGCCUUCCUAGGGUAAAGACAACCACAUCACCGAAGCCUCUACCUCCGGGAUUUCAUAAAGGCACUAACGAUACAAAACCAGUACAGAUCAUCACGCCGAGGAGAACCCCUAGAACUUCUAUUCCACUUGCGUCUCCUCCUCCACUGGUGCGGACUUUCAAUAGAGUUUCAGUUAGAAGCCUUAGCUCGAUUGCUGCCAUCACACUGUCGCCAGAAAAUGAUUCCGCUGCCUCCAAUCUUUCGCCAGAGAAUCCAAUUGUGAAGAAACGCAUCAAUUUCCGUGAGAGAGAUGAGAUGCCUCUUAUACCUGGAUUGACAACUUUGGACUGGGAGAAAGCACUGCAAGAGGCUGUUACUGAUUGCUUACCUCCACCGAACUUUAGAGAAAUCCUUCAGGAGUGCUCGACUUGCGGAAGGACAUUUAAGCCAGACUCGUUGCAGGUGCACAUGAGAGGGUGCCAUCCUCCACAAUAUGCACGAGCAUUCUCUGCGCGGGCAUCUCCACACGUCGUCCGAUCUCGAGCUUCGUAACUUUUUCCUGACUGCCGAUUCAUGGCGAAAUUUUUCAGCGGAUACUCCAAAAUAUCACAAGUGUGCAUCUAGGGUUCUCUAGCACGCAAGAGGAAUUCCGUAUAUCGGUUUCCAGUAGGUUCUUACCGUCUACAGAAUUGUUGAAGACUAGUCGUGGAUGUAGGAACCCACGACCAUCGCACCAUUUGAGAGCUAUCGUUACGAACCAACUCAGGCAUUCUCCAUCGUAAUUGCAGUCUAGUUUCCAAUCCUUGACGGAAGAGUUGUCACGACUUAGGGGUUUUGCGACUCAUCUCAAGGUUUUCUUUUUAUCCCACAUUUGGCCAAUCAAGGUAGAGUCCUUAGAUGAAUUUCACUAGUUUCCAGCCUUCCCUUACUUCGAUUGCUGCGAUUGACGAGCAGUCGGGCUACUGUAAAGACAAAGACCCUCAGGCUCUUGUGAAUAGUUCUUCCAUCUAGAUUCUUAAUCUCUGAGAACUUGGACUGGAUUGUAUUUAUCCUUUUAAUUUAGCCUCUUCGCGCAUCAGAGGUAGAAUUUUUGAGCGCAAGACGAGUGUCGACCUGUUUGAUCUGUCAUGAAGUGUGAUGCUCCUUUCCUAAACACCUUCGGUGAACAUUGACUGAUUAGGAAUCAGAAGUUUGAGCACAAUCUGCGUGAGAGCUCGCGAGCCCUUCUUCUGGAGCAAAGGGUUUUAGGGUAACGACCCAGCGGAAUGAGGAGAUUACCAUGCACACUCAACUCGGAAAUUCUGUGCAACUAAUUCGCAAUGUCAAUUGCGAAAUCGACAUACCAUUGGCUGGAUUGUCAGAAACAGGAGCUGCCCUGGGAAUGAACUCCGGAUCCAUUGCCCCCACUUAGUCUUUGUUUACGAGGUGUUGUUGAAGUACAUUUUCAAGGCGUGGUUGGCAUGGUUCGGCAACACCGACACCCCUCAAAAUCAAUGUAAAUCCAUUUCUAA